AUGGACUCAUCUUCCUCUUCACCCCCCACAACCACUAACAACACCUCCCUAGCUUUCUCUCUUUCCAAUCACUUUCCCAACCCUUCACACUCUUCUUCCUCUCACCUCUCUCUCUUCCACUCCUUCACCCCUUAUCCUCCCCCAACACCAUCUCUCACCCUCAACCCUGUAGGCACAUCGCCGGAGCCAACUGACAGAAGAACCACCAACCUCUCCAUAUUCAGUGGCGCACACAAGCUCGAGAACUUUCUAGGAAACUCCACCGCCACCACAUAUGCACCGCCACAGGCUUACCAUCUUUCCACCGACAUAUACGAUUCUGAGCUGAAGAAAACAAUAGCCGCUUGCUUCCCUCACGGCUAUCCAACCGAACCAAACUCCGAUCCUCCUAAACCUCCCCCCAAGAAAACCGUCGACACCUUCGGCCAACGCACCUCCAUUUACCGCGGCGUCACCCGGCAUAGAUGGACAGGAAGAUAUGAAGCUCAUUUAUGGGACAAUAGUUGCAGAAGAGAAGGACAAAGUAGGAAAGGAAGACAAGGUGGAUAUGAUAAGGAAGAGAAAGCAGCUAGAGCUUAUGAUCUUGCUGCUCUCAAGUACUGGGGUCCAACUACCACUACCAACUUUCCAAUUUCCAAUUAUGAGAAAGAGCUUGAUGGCAUGAAGAACAUGACUAGACAAGAGUUUGUUGCUUCUCUAAGAAGGAAGAGUAGUGGCUUUUCAAGAGGAGCAUCAAUUUAUAGAGGAGUAACAAGACACCACCAGCAUGGUCGAUGGCAGGCAAGGAUAGGCCGAGUUGCCGGAAACAAAGACCUCUACCUUGGCACUUUCAGCACACAAGAAGAAGCUGCUGAAGCUUAUGAUAUAGCAGCAAUCAAAUUCAGAGGACUAAAUGCAGUUACAAACUUCGACAUGAGUCGCUACGAUGUAAAAAGCAUCGCAAAUAGUUCUCUUCCCAUAGGAGGUUUAUCGAAUAAGAACAACAGAUUUUCUACAGAUCAUUCUUUAUCAAAAAGCAAAAUCCUUGAAAUCGCAAGUAUAUCAGAUGAAAGAAAUCCGUCAACAACCUUCACAAUAUCGCAACAACCUUCAAGUUCUACCUUAAGCUUCGCGGCUCCUAUUAAACAAGAUUCUUCUUCAGAUUACUGGUCCAAUAUUCUUGGAAUCCAUAGUAAUAAUAAUCCUAGUCAAGUUCUUCCGUCUUCCACACCCUUCAACAUGGAUUUUUCUUCUCAUGCAACUUCGAAUGCAAACGGCGAUAACAAUGGAGGUUUUUUCAGUGCAUCAGUUGUUCAGCAGCAACAAAAUGGAGAUAAUUCUUCAUCUUUAUCGUCGUCUUCAACAAGUACAAUUCCAUUUGCUACACCAAUAUUUUCUUUAAGUAGUAAUAAUAGUUAUGGAAACAACUGGAUUAAUAAUGGACACACAUUCCAAACACAUGCAAAGCCAAGUCUGUUUCAAACACCAAUAUUCGGAAUGGAAUGA